AUGGUGCUCCCACGGUCAGUUUUACGCCUGCGGACGCUACUGGUUGCCUUCGCUGUGGCUUCAUUCCUCACCUGGAACAUAUCGCGACGCCCGCAUUCCUAUACGCCUCUUGAACUCUAUGGCGCCAAUAUAACGAUCAAGCCGACCCAGGACCUGACCUUCGACCACCAGAAAUUCUGGCGCAAAUUCCACACGCUCCUGGAGAGACAUUCGCCCGGUACCAGCCCUGUUAUCGAGAAAGAAAAAGCGCCGACGGAAGGCUUCAAGGACAAGGAUGCGCCGCCGCGUCCGAAUUACCUGACCAUACCCGCCGAGGAUGUCGCUAAAAUGAAGGAGGCCCAUACGGGGUUUGUGGACGCUAUUACCCGUUCGCCGCUGCGGAUCCCCUAUGUCCCUGGGACAAAGGGCGUGGUCUCGACGGCGGGUGGAGCAUAUUUGCCCGUGCUGGUGAUCUCGCUGCGCAUGCUGCGGCAGACGGGAUCCAUGCUACCCGUGGAGGUGUUCCUGGCGGACGAGUCCGAGUACGAGGAGUAUAUCUGUGACGAGGUUCUGCCGGCGCUGCAAGCACGGUGUGUGGUGCUCUCACGCAUUCUCAAGGCGGCGCCCGCGAAAAUUCAGAAAUACCAGUUCAAGCCAUUUGCCAUGCUGUUCUCGUCAUUCGAACAGAUCUUGUUUCUGGACGCCGACGCCUUCCCGCUCGAGAGGCCCGAGAAGCUGUUCCGCAACGAACCCUUCCGCUCGACGGAGAUGGUAACCUGGCCCGACUUCUGGGCGUCGUCGGUCUCGCCGCUCUUCUACGAGAUUGCCGGCCAGCCCGUCCCGCCCAUGGACUUGCGGCAAUCCACUGAAUCUGGCGAGGUACUGAUCUCGAAGAAAACCCACACCCGCACGCUGCUGCUCUGCACCUACUACAACUACUGGGGGCCAUCGCACUACUACCCGUUGCUGUCGCAGGGCGCCGCCGGCGAAGGCGACAAGGAAACAUUCGUAGCGGCCGCCACCGCCAUGGCCGAGCCCUUCUACCAGGUCAGCGAGUCGAUCUGCGCCCUUGGCCACCGCACGGCUGGCGGCCUAGCCGGCUCUGCCAUGGCGCAGUUCAACCCGUCCCAGGACUGGGCGCUGACACGCCAGGGCAAGUGGCGCGUCAAGGGUGACAAAGCCCCGGCCCCGAGCGUGUUCUUCAUUCACGCCAACUUCCCCAAGUUCAACCCGGCCACCAUCUUCGAGAAGCACGACGUCAACCCGGCCUUUGAGGAUGACGGCUCCUACACCCGUGCCUGGACGACUCCUGAGAAAGUGGUCGCCCAGUUCAGUGCCUCCAUCGACGUCGAGAAGAGGUUUUGGCGCCAGAUCCUUUGGACCGCCUGCGAGCUUGAGUCCAAGUUCGCUUCCUGGGCUGAUUACUCGGAUAUCUGUUCUGGCGUGAAGGACUACUGGCGCCAUGUUUUUGGGCGCGAGGACCCGGGCCUGUGA